ACCCCUGCCGCUGCCUCGUCGUGCUUCAUGAACCGGAAGUUUAGUUUACGCUUUAUUUAUUGUGAACUUCAAACCAAAACGACUUUGAAGCUAUAACGUGACGCAAUGUUAUUUGUGUGCAGAUGUAAAUACAUUUUUUAGAAAUAAUUGAUUUUGUUGAUUUGCAGGAAAUUGAACAGACAAUGUCCACGACAGGUCAGGUGAUCAAGUGCAGAGCUGCUGUUGCUUGGGAACCAGGGAAACCUCUGGUGACUGAAGAUGUGGAGGUGGCUGCCCCUCAGGCCCAUGAGGUCCGCAUCAAGAUUGUUGCCACGGGUGUGUGCCACACAGACUGGGAAUACAUGUACGGGACUGGUAAGGGGAUGAAGUUUAGACCUUUUCCGUUAGUUUUGGGCCAUGAAGCAGCCGGAGUCGUGGAGAGCGUUGGUCCAGAAGUCACCAAAUUCUCACCGGGGGAUAAAGUUAUUCCUCUUUUCCUGCCUCAGUGUGGGGAAUGUGAACGAUGUUUGAGCCCUAAAACAAAUCAUUGCAGGAAGAACUGGGCAAAUACACAAGUGGGUGUUUUGGCUGAUGGCACGAGCAGGAUAUCUUGCAAAGGGCAGCAGGUGUACCAGUUCCUCGGAAUCGGCUCUUUCUCCCAGUACACCGUGGUUCCCGACAUCUCUCUUGCAAAGAUAAGAGACGAUGCACCGCUGGAAAAAGUUUGCCUGCUUGGCUGUGGCGUCUCCACUGGUUAUGGUGCAGCUCUUAAAACAGGCAAGGUUGAAAAAGAUUCCUCGUGUGCCGUGUUCGGGCUUGGAGCCGUUGGACUGGGCGCCGUCAUGGGCUGCCAGGUUGCCGGGGCGAAGAGGAUCAUCGGGGUCGACAUCAACCCUGACAAGUUCGCCAAAGCCGUAGAGCUCGGAGCCACCGAAUGUGUCGACCCCAGAGAUCACAGCAAGCCCAUCCAGGAGGUUUUGGCAGAGAUGACAGACGGAGGGGUUGAUUACGCUCUGGAGUGUGUGGGGAGUCCAGUUGUCAUGACUGCUGCGCUUGAGUCUACAAGAGAUGCCUGGGGCACCUGUGUGAUCGCAGGGUGGACGGAGACAGAAGCAAUGAGCGUCGUGGUUGAAAAGCUGCUGAUGGGACGCACCUUGAAGGGGACUUACUUUGGAGGUUGGAAGAGCGUGGAGGACGUGCCCAAACUGGUGGACGACUACAUGAACAACAAGCUGAAGCUGGACGAGUUCAUCACCCACAACCUCCCUCUGGAUCAAAUCAAUGUGGCCUUUGACCUUCUGAAAAGUGGGAAAAGCAUCCGCACUGUCAUCAGUCUGUGAGACUCUCAAGAGGAGACAAAACCUACAGAACACUUAACAAGAAGCGAGGUUGAUGCUCACGGUUGUUACUAUGGUAACUAUUGGUAACUCUGCCACAGUUAAUUAUCUUUUUCUUCGAAGGUAUUGAUGAUAUUUCUCCACGCUUGACUUUGUGGCAAGUGAGCACUUUGGCCACUAGAUGGCAGUCUUAUGUCAUGUAAAAGCCUUUACAGUAAGUUCAACUUAAUAAAAACAUAAUUGUUUUACCUGCAAAAUUUUUUUUUUUUGGUUCAGAUCCAAUUCUAUAUAUUUUUAAAACUUAUUUAUCAAAAAUUUUAUGAACACAGAGAAGAUUGAGUGCAUUUCUGCAACAUGAUAGAGAAUUUAAUAACAAACACAGCAGUAUAUAUAUAUGAUAGUACAGUAAUAUAAAUACAUGUAUAGUAUAUAGCAGGAGUAUAUGUAUAAAUAUAAAGUAACAACAAGACAAAUCUGUACAUCUGUCACACGUGUGGUAGUUGGAAUUAAAUACCCUUGUAUAGAAGAUGGAGCGAAAGAGCGAGGAACCAAAUGGCCGAAUCUGUCAUCGGCCAUCGUGAAGAAUCUGCUUCAUGUGGUCGGCCGUACCAGAUUUCGUCCUUGGUAACGUUAUAUAUUGAUUUAAUGGGGAGUCGCGGAGAAGGGCUGAAAUAACAGUGGUGUGCUGUCAGGGCAGAAGACAAAAGGUUGUUUUGUGAAGGUUGUUUUCAGCUCCUCUCGGUGAAGACCUGAAAUAGCUGCCAGAGGAAUUUGUUUUAUUGAAGUUCCAUUCAAAUGCCCUUGGCAGCUUCCCCUGCUUUUCCAUCUUUAUUUAAAAUGGAAAAUAAAUUGGUGCUCUUCCUCUAAUGUUGGUCUCCUCUGGCUGUGUGCUAUCAAUCACAGAUUAUACAUCUUAGACCCCCAGACCUCCACCUCCACCUCCACCCCCCUUCUUCUUCUUCUUCUUCUUCUUCUUCUUCUUCUUCUUCUUCUUCUUCUUCUUCUUCUUCUUCUUCCUCCGAAGGAAUCUCGAACGAAAGAAAGUUUUUGAGAAAUAAAAGCAGAGAGUGAAGCAGCGGAGAGAGAUAAGAGAGAGGAGAUCAAGAGAAAUGGGGGAGACGGGUUUUGACAGGUGGUUAUGUGACUGGCCACCGCAUCUAUAACUGUUGGACAUGCUCGCAGAUUUAUAAGGCUUUCUUGGGGACACGUGUUUGAAUGUCUGCCUCAUCUGUAAGAAAGCCAUCCAGAGUGACGACCAUAAGUCUCCCAACGGCUUUUUUUUCUCUCUGCGGUUGAACUCUACAACCUCUGGAAUUGUCACAGCAUUGUGCAACUGAUACAGGGAGGACAUGCUACAUGAAUUACAACCGCAGCAUUGCACACAUUUCAGAAACUGUCCGUGUUGUCAUGCUUCACAUUUGUCUGUGCAGCCUUUUCUGCAGAUAUCUUCGGGAUAGGAAGACGAAGAUAGAGACAAAUCUUCAUUUGCAUUUAGUGGCUCUUUUUUCCCCACCACCAUCUUUUUUGCUGUCAUCACUUCACUGCGACAACUCUUUCAGACCUCAUGAAGAUAAUUGACAAACAACAGAAAUGCCAGAUGAGGUAAAUGCCAUCACAAAAAUAAGGGCAUGAAAAACUGCCGCCUUGCCUUUCACAAUAUUUAAAUUGGGAUCAAGAGAUUUUGCCUUAUUUAUUAAGCUAUUUUCCCGUGUGGCAGACAGAUGACUGCAUGCUGGAGAUGAUGAGAGCAUAGAAGUAGUGGGUGGGAAACACCCUGUUCAAACAAAGCCUGUUUUAUAGUCGGAAUCCAAAAGUUAUAAAACACCUACUUUUUUCACUUUGUAAAUGGGAGUUGGUGCCGCUCUGAUUCAACUGGUGAACGCAGUAUAUUUAUCAGAAACUAAAUCAAACUGUCCCUAUUGAAUGUUUUUAUAUUAGUUAUCAACAAAGAAUUCGUAUAUAUAUGUUCUCCAGUGCUGGGUGUCUAUUUCAUCUGUUUUAGCUUUAUUUAAUGACUUUAAUAGAUGGAUAGACAUUUUCAUUGUGGCCGUUUUCCUCAGUGAAAACAACUGGGAUGUGUUGAGAAUUCAAGCAAAGCAUCAAGGGAAAGUCAUUUAUUUACUGAAGUGUAAUCUGUAAACUGGUUUCCUAAUGUUCACAAUGUUUCUUCAAACCUUACACACCUUUUAAUAUUAUUAGUUUUCUGCAAGAUACUCCAGGCAGAUGUGGCUCAGGACGUAAAAGAGGGUUGUCCACUAACCAGAUGGUUGGUAGUUCAAUCCCCUGUAUCCUUCUGUCUGCAUUCUGAAGUGUCCUUGGGCAGGAUGCUGACCCAAAUGACCUCUGACUGCUGUGCCAACAGUGGUGACUGAAAAGUGCUGUGUAUUGAGUUGCUGUAUGAAUGUGUGUGUGUGAAUGGUAAAUCUGAUUUGAACUGUAAAGUUGAUGAAAGACUGAAAAAACUACAUAUAAAUACAAUAUCAGCUUUUUACCCCAAAGUGCAGGUGUGAUUGGUCAUAAAUAAAGUAGUGAAAAGAA